AUGGCCAACAGCAACGACAGCAACAGCAACACCACCGCCAACAACGAUGCUGCUGCCCCCAACAAGCCCAAUGAGGAGCCGCAACAAGCUAACAGCCCUAGGAGGAAUCCGAACAAUCAAGAUCAAGAUGCUGUGAUCACACCAGAACCAAUGCCUAGAGGUUCUUCUGCGGGAACUGAAUUUGGUGGGUCCUCUACUAUGGUCACUGCCGCUGCCGCUGCUGAUCCCGUUCCUCUUGGGACGAAUAUUGGAGGGAGUGGUGCUGUUGUUGAUUUAACUCCUGAUGACGAAGAGUCUAAAUCAGAAGGCUCAAUGAAGAAGCUAGCUAAAACGGAAGACGGGACUGAAGGACAAAGUAGCUGCAUGCCAGUGCCAAAACGAGCUCGUGCUGAAAUGGAUGCUCCUCCGAGUGAACCGAUGUGCUCCAUAUGCAGCAGAAGGUUUUAUUCAUGGAAGGCUGUUUUCAGACAUUUGCGGACCCAUCCUGAGCGAGAAUGGAGAGGUGCAUUCCCUCCCCCUCCAGAGGGACGUGCAGAGAGAGAUGAGAACGCGUUGCAGAUCCAAUUGGCUCCGACCCUGCUGAACGUAGCCAGGGAAACUCUGGAUAAGAUGAAUGAGGACCCUAACCCUAGUUUGGGAGCUGCUGGACCUUCGACUGCAAUUCAAGAAAGAGGUCGUUUCGAUUUGAAUGCGAGGCCCAUAGAUUCUGGUGCUUCAGGAUCAUCAGGAUCGUCUUCUUCUUCCAUCGCUUCUUCCAGCAGCGAUGGGUUUGAUUUAAACAAACCACCCUCACCCCCACCCCCAAGAGGGUCAUGA